CAGAACUUGACUCGUGGACUGCAGUGAUUUCAGUUUAUACAUCCGUCUGUAUCUUUUUGUUACAUGUUUCAUUCCUGCCAUCACCGGCGGCUUCUUUUACCAAUCAUCGGUCAUGUCGGCGCGAAGGAUUGUUGAUUUAUCGGGCCCAUCAGGUAUGAGGAAACCUAAGCUGAUAGAUUUUAUACAUUAUAUUCCCCAUGAAACGACCACAGAGAGCAAUGAGUCAGCAAGCUGGAUUGCAUGUCAUAUAAAACAGAUAAUACAUUACGGAUAUCGUAUUCUUCACCAUUCACCUUCACUCUUCGGAGUCUCUAAUCCAUCGAGUCUAUGCUGUUCCUCCAUCUAGGUAACCUUCAAAGACAGGCACCCUCACAAUGGCGACCACGACAGAAGCUCCCCUCCUCCUCUUCACCACCCUGCGUUACGACCCUCUCCUGCUUCCCGGCUUCGUCUCUCCCACUGAAUCCUCCCCGUUCGCUCCAUUGUACAUGCUUCCUUACCAUCGCGAUCGCAUCCUGCGCGCCGCCACUCACUUCAAAUGGCCCGCCGUAGUCUCUCUCCUCUCCGGUGACAGCGGUCUCGAAACGCUCUCCUCCUUCAUUUUCUCCUCCCUCUCCGACGAGCAGCGAUCUCACCCAAACCGCAUCCGUGUAACCGUCUCUGAGAAGGGAGAGCUAGGCAUCACCAUCUCACCAGCACCACAAGUCCCUUCAACAGCCAACUUCUUCCCAAAUUCCCUUCCCCAGCCGGGUACCAAUAUCCCUAGUCUAUGCCUGAUGGGAACCUCGACGCCGUUCGAGGUCCUAGUCGACACCCAAAGGUCCAAAAAGUCAGCAUACACGCACUUUAAGACUACGAAGCGCCAAAUCUACGACGAAGCGAGAAAGAGGCACGGGAUCGCGUUGACGGAUCGGAAGGAGGUGUUGAUUGUUAGCGAGGAUGGGGAGGUGAUGGAAGGGAGUAUUGCCACGCCGUACUUUUGGAGAGACGGGAGAUGGGUGACACCGCCGGUUGGGGAAGGUGAGGGAGAGACAGAAGGGGAUUGGGGAAGUGGUGGAAAUGCGGGAACUACGAGGAGAUGGGCUUUGGAAAGGGGAAUUGCGGUUGAGCAGGUUGUACGGGCAAACUCGCUGGUUGAUGAAGAAGAGUGCUGGUUGAGUAAUGGGGGCAGGGGAUUCUACUUUGGAAAGGUCAAGUUGGGCUAGGUCCUGAGAUGGCAAGCGGAUGAGCGUUAAGGGCAUGAUUCCGUGAUGCUUUCAUUGCGCCAGGAUACCGUUUCUGAAAGUCGCGGUUACCAUAAGAUAUGGCUUGUAAUCGUCGUUCGGUGCUACCGAGGCUGAACAGGGGCAAUGUUUAUUUGCUCCCGUCCCGGGCAUCACUAGGGCAACACACCAGGCUGGGCUGUUUCCCAUCGUGAGACCUUCGGGGGAUUUUGCGGAGCAAUGUAUCACGGUGCGCAAGCCGAGCCAAGCUAACAACUCAUAAUCACCUGUUCAGAAGGCCCAACACAGACAAACUGACGAGCCGAGGUUCAACAUCAUUAAAUUCGUCCUUUUUGAGGAUGAAGGACCUGCUGAAGUCUCGGAAAUGGAACUUGUAAGCGGGAGCACCCCGAUGAAGCACAAGUGAAAAGUCAACCGACGGACUAAAGAGAGAUAAGAUACACCAUAUCUCAAUGCCAUAGACAUGAGCAUUACACUACAACUAUCA